CGCUUAGCCCCAGCUCUUCUGCCAACUGUUAUUUUUUCCUGAGGUAAAGUCAUCUCUGCUCUGCCUCAGGUAAGUCGUUCGUCUCGUUUUAAAAUAAUUUUCAAUUUUUUAAAAAUAUAAAAUAAUACACCAAUGUAUUAAUGUGUUGUACUGUUGAGUAACCACGCAAUGUAUGUGUGACGCACAUUGGCUCCCUCGACCCCGCCCCUCAUAGUUUGAGAACCUCUGCUCUAUAUAAUUCCCGAAUCUGAAUUAUUCCUGUAUCUGAAUAUUGACUGGACACUUGGGAACAAGAACACAGACUGCAGAAAAACAACAGAUUAAAGAAAAAGAAACAAAUACAGCAAAAGAAAAUGGAUUCGCCCGUGCCUUUCUCCAACAAGUGGUUUAAACUUCGGUUCCAGAAUCGCACCUACCGGGAGACGGUCUAUCAGGAUUUCAACACGUCCUUCUUCAGCAACUUGUCUUUGCAGGAGGCCAGCGAUGUGAUGGCUUUACUGUAUGCGGGCAGCGACACACAGAAGACCGUGCUAAUUGUCGCCUACUCGCUCAUCAUUAUCUUCUCGGUGAUCGGAAACCUGAUGGUGUGCCAAAUCGUGGUCGAGAAACGCAUGUAUACCGCUAGCGGUCUCUUCAUCUUCAAUCUGGCUUUAGCAAAUCUAAUGCUAACUCUUCUCAACACGCCGUUUACACUGGCUCGCUUUGUGAGCAGCACUUGGGACUUCGGGAAGGCAAUGUGUCAUAUCAGCAGCUUCACGCAGUACUGCUACCUCCACGUGUCCAUCUUCACCCUCACUGCUAUCAUGAUGGAAAUAUAUCAGAGAAUUAUGCAUCCACUGAAACUACACGCAACAGCAGCCCAAGGGAUCAUCUGCAUCUCUUUCAUCUGGAUCAUGGCUUCCUGCUUCUCUCUGCCCCACACCAUUUAUCAAAAGCUGGUGCAUUUUGAUCUUGGGCAAAACAACACCCGGCAGCUGUGCCUGCCAGACUUCCCUGCUCCCUCGGACCUCUACUGCAAGUACCUGGACUUGGUCACGUUCAUCAUACUGUACGUGGUGCCCCUGCUGGUGAUCACCGUCGCCUACACCAUAGUGAGAAAGAGGCUGUGGUGGCACAAUGACGUCGAGGAUGACACCUGCGAAAUGUGGCGCCACGAGCAGAAGUCCGUGAUGGCGCUCAUGCUGGUGGUGCUGGUGUUUGCCGUCUGCUGGUUCCCCCUCAACUGCUUCUUGGUCCUCUCCUCCAGCAAGGUCAUAAGUGUCAACAACACCCUCUACUCUGCCUUCCACUGGCUUGCCAUGAGCAGCACCUGCUACAACCCUUUCAUCUACUGCUGGCUCAACAACAAGUUCCGCACCGGGUUCAAGUCCCUGCUCCAGAUCUGCGCCUGGGAGAGGGACCCUGGCCAGGUCGCCCUUCCCGUUGUGUCCCUGGAAGAAGGGAGAAGGAUGGCAUGGCCCGAGGCUGAAGGAAGGAGGAUGUCUAACGUGGAUCUGGGCAGACCUCACCCAUCCACCUCCAGAAUGAUGUCCGAGGUCCACGGUUUGGGCAUCGAAAUGGGGAGGAUUGGAGGAAGUUCCUCAGCUGAAACAGAGUAACUGCCUUGUAGUCCAGCGUUCCAGACGUUUUUGCCAGCGUUGAUGUUGCUGAGCUUCACUUGUAUCGGUGCGCUAGGAUUUCUGAAAAGCAUGUUGUUUGAUAUGUGGAUUUGUGAUGAAGUAGAAAACUAAUGUGUGAACCUUGUCUGGGUAGAAAGAUAAAUGUUGUAAACAUUACAGCUCUACAUAGUCUCUCUCUUUGUGUGCUUCAUUGAUUUAUUGUAUUUUACUUAGAAGAAAGGAGACACAGUCUUAAAAUUGCCCUCCUUUCUUUGUGUAUUACUGAAAGACCAUGGUGUGUUCAUGUUUUAACUGUAUGACUUGCUUGGCAAUUUAAUUAUCAUAAGACUACUAGUAUUUUAAGAUUAGUUUAAAAUUACUGUUGUACCAGUGUCUCUCUGAUUGCUUUGUUUUGCUGCUGGUUUACUGAAUACAUCUUUAUUCAUUUUAAAAGUAGCUACUCUGUGAUUCCACUAUAUUUUGUGUACUAUUUCAGGUGUUAUGCUACUAUCAUGUAUUGUGUACUUCCCACUGUAUUUGAUGUAUUAUGCAUUGUGUUUUACUGUAUGUCAUGUUUUAUGCUUUUCUCUGU